GUCGUUAUGGGGAAAUAUAUGUCCUGUACAUACGAGUAGCAGUAGUGAUAGGGCACCUGCCGAUGGCCGGGCAUACCUGUAAUUAGCGAGGCCUUCACCUGCAGCACCUGGCAGCACGAGGAAGCUCCACAGCUGUGCGUGCCUAGUGCAGGUCGAGGACAUGUUGGGAUAUCAGUGAAGUGACGACAACUUAUCUGAGACGGUACCUGUGACUCCGGCUUGGUUUGCCUACCAUCACCACCACCACCAUCACCAUCACCACCUGGCUCCUGCACCUCCACCUGCAUCCUCCUCCCACUCCAUCCCCUUCACUCCCCCGCCCCUGAGUCCUCAGACCUGCCCUACAAACCCAGCCUUGCCAGCCUUGUCUGGAGAACUUGCCCUUGACUCCCUUGCUUUACGCUGGGCCGGGCGCCGGAAGGGGGAGGGGAGGCAGGCAGUAGGAGGGUAGGCCAUGUGCCGGAACCCCGCGGGAUGAGGCAGCCUGGUAUGACCUCAGUCCUCCUGGAUGCGAGGAGGCCCGCCUCCCUCAGGCGACCUCCUCAGAGGCCCAAUGCUGCAAAGCUACUCAAGGCCAAGACGGUGCCGCAAGUGGAAGAGGACAUAUUGAAUGGUUUGGGCGGCGCGGGCGGCAUGGAGGGCGCGGGUGGCAGGUCGGGAGGGGCGGCGGCGGGCGGCUCACGAGGCUCCUCCAGCAGCGGCUCAUCUGGCCCAGGAGGCAGCGGCGGCAGCGUGGGUGUUGCUAUGACGACGGCGGGAGUUCCCUUCUCUACCCAGACGCUGGCCGUGACCUCCACCCCUCGUUCCCUCUCCCUGGCCUCCAUCUCCUCCGAAGGCAGCACGGACAGCCACCUGGUGGAGAGGGAAGACAUCGUCGCCCUCACCACCGCCGUCAGGGCAUUCAAGGACGCCCUGGGCAAACUCAAGCGUAUCUUUCACCCUGAGCGAGACAAAUCGGAGACGCUGCGGGUGGCGGGGCACGAGCGUCUGGGGGAGGUGCUGAGGAUUUUGAGGACCAUCUUGGAGAAGUACAGUCCCAUCCAGCACAACGAACUGCUGGCUGCCGCUUCACAUCUCAUCUCCCACGUCAACGGUUAUGGCUACGAGGAUGACCACGCUGAUCCCACAGCCUUCCUGGAGGCGAUCGACCAGCUGGCCCUUGCCUUCUCCAGCAGGGUGUCGGAGUACCUCAUGGGGGACAUCGAUUCCUCCUCCGCCGUUCUCAACUGCUCCACCGCCUCCUCCAGAAACAAGUCGUACGAGAACCUGAUGAGCAGCGACGCAGAGAGCAGCGCUGGGGAGCCUCGGAGCAGCGGUGCGGUGGAGGCAGCGGAGACGAGCAGUGGCGUUCUUGACACGAGCCUCAAGGAACCCGAGGUGCUCACGCCACAGCAGAUAGAUGAACAGCUGCACCGCCAUGAACAGGGAGUGGAGCACGCCCUGUACCGAGCCAAGGUGUGGAGCAAGUACGCCAAGGAUGUGAUCGCCUACAUCGAGAAGCGCGCCCAGCUUGACCUGGACCACUGCCGCGCUCUCACCAAGCUGGCGCAUGUCACGCGGCCGGCACUCAAGGACGAGAGCUUCCUGCCGUUCCAGUCGAUCUACUGCACCGCGCUGGACCAGGACAUCGAAAACUGCGCCCAGCUCUCCCAGACCUCCACGCUGCUGCUCACACAGAAGUUUGUGGAGCCACUCACUGCACGGAGGAACGAGCAUGAUCGAGCCCGGAAGGUGAUCAAGGAGUCGUGGACCAAGGAGCUCAAGCGGGUGACGGAGGCCCUGAGCAACCUGAAGAAGGCGAAGAUGGGGUACGACCAGCGACAUCAGGAGCUGGGCCGGGCGAGGGAGGCAGCAGCACGGGGAGAGAACACUGAGGCGCAGGAUAAGCUCGAAAGAAAACGCGAUGAAGCUCUGCAGAAGGCGAAGGAGGCUGAGGCGUGGUACAAGACGUGCGUUCAUGAGGCCAACGAGCGACACGCCUCCUUGCUGCGCCUCAAGAGGGACGUGUUGGUGCAGCUACGGGACCUCAUCUUCCAGUGUGACCAGACGAUGAAGGCUGUCACCGUGGGAUACUUCCAGCUGCAGCACACUGUCGCCGCCCCCGCCCCCGUGCAGUUCCAGACACUCUGUGAAAGUUCCCGCCUUUACGAGCCGGGAUCUCAGUACAUGGAGUUUGUGAAGCGUCUCGGACCCUCACCAGGACCCGAGCAACCCGAGUCCCCUUUCACGUUUCAAUCUUACCGCCCCGGGGCCUCCAACCUGUCUCCCCACCACGACCCCGCCGCCAAUGGGGCCGUCCCUCCCCACGACGACCUGCAGGUGGGUCGUUUGCCAGGUCCCGGCGGCAGCGAUACAGACAGCGUGGGGUCCUCAGCCAAAAGUAUGGAAGGAUCCCCCACCGCCUCCCCGCUGCCCCCACCACGCCGCCCCCACACUGUGUCCUCUGGGGAUGAGCUGGAGACCGACCCUGACACCGACCCUCAUUACACGUACCCAUCGCUGCGGCAGGUGAUGAGCAAGGCGGCCAUCUCCCACUCCUUCAAGAAGCUCCUCACGCCGUCCCGCUGCCGAGAGUGUGAUUCCUACGUCUACUUCCACGGCUACGAGUGUGGUGAGUGCGGGUUGGGAUGCCACAAGAAAUGCCUGGAGACGCUGGCCAUCAAGUGCGGACACAAGCGGCUGCCUCGCAAGAUGACCACUUUUGGGGUUGACCUAGCACAGCACCUCACGGAAACCAAUACCACCGUGCCGCACCUGGUGGUCAAAUGCGUGGCCGAGAUUGAUGCGCGAGGAGGCAAGAUCAAGGGAAUCUACCGCGUGUCUGGAGUCAAGAGCCGCGUGGAGAAGCUGUGCCAGGCCUUUGAGAACGGAGCGCACCUGGUGGACUUAAGCGACCAGCACCCGAACGUCAUCGCCAACGUGCUUAAGCUUUACCUUCGCCAGCUGCCAGAACCUCUAUUGACCUUCAGGCUGUACCCGGACUUCAUCAGAAUCGCCAAGGAGUGCGGGACGGGGACGGGGGCAGAAGGUACCAGCCGCGCUGGGGAGGAGCUGCGGGAGCUGGUGGGACGCCUGCCUCGCCACCACCUGGCCUGCCUCGCCGUCCUCAUGCAUCAUCUGCACCGCGUCGCAACUCACUCCCAGCUCAACAACAUGCCGCCCUCCAACCUCGGCAUCGUGUUCGGGCCCACGUUGUUGCGGACGUCUGAGGGCUCUGCGUCGCUCAGCUCCCUGGUGGACACGGUGCACCAGACGCGGGCCAUCGAGCUGCUCAUCAUGUGUGUCAACGAGAUCUUCGGACACCAAGACCCACUGCAGGCUGCGUCAGGAGUUACCAGCAAGCGAGCCGGCGAGGACCAAUUCCGGCCAUCACAGAGCAAGCACGGCAGCGUCCCCGUCAGCAGCAGCAGCAGCAGUAGCAUGGUGUACACUGUGCCUAUCGCUGGCUACAGAAGGAGCACCACUGACUCAGAGGACGCCCACUCCACUUCCCACGCGUGUAAGGAAAGGAAGGACUCAGAUGUGCAAGAUGACGACUGGGAUUCAGAGAGCUGGGAGGAGAGCGCCUUUGAGGGAGUAGGGAGUGGUGUGGGUGGCGAUGCUUCCUCCGCGGCCCUCCCUACCACCACCACCACCACAACCAUGAGCAGCAGUAGCAGUAGCAUCGCCGCCGCCGCAGCUGCCGCCACCUGCCCUGUGCCCCCGCCAAGAGCGUCGCCAGCAGCCAGUCGCACCUCCGCCGGGCAGGCUAAGAUUUAUAAGACGUCUCUGAAGGACUACGUGGGGCUGGAGGGGGUGGCGCUGCACGUGUCCUCGGGCCUGCACACCGCCCAUGACGUGGUGCACCAGAAGCUCCGCAAGACUGUGAGCGACAUCUCCUCGUCUCUCAGGUCGUCCUCCCCCGCGGCGGCAGCAAUCACCACUAUCACCACCACCACCACGGCCGCAAUUGCCUCCCCCGCCGCCACCACCACCACCACCACCACCGUGCUUAUUCCGUCUCCAUCAACGCACGACAUGCAAAGGAGAGGCACUUUGGAGGAUGUGAAGAAAGUGGUGGUAGGAGUAGGAGUAACAGGAGGAGGAGGAGGAGGUCAACAGGAUGAGAGGAAGAGCAUGGAGUCCUCCCCUCGGAAACCCCUACAGCAGGAGGAGGUCACCAGGAGAAGACCACCCCAUUUGGAAGAGACUGGAAGGAGACCCACGAUAGAGGAGACCCCGAGGAAGAGCGAGGAGGGAGCAAGGAGAACCGAGCAGGAGGCGAGCAGGUCCCACCAGCAGACGCCCAGGCCGCAGGUGUACAAGAGUGAAUCAAAGGGCAGCGUAGGCGAAACGGAGCUGAAGGUCGAGGCGCGGAUGGGCGUGGCAGGCGGGGCAGAGCAGGUGGUGGUGCCUCCCCCGCGAAAGGUGAGUCCCCUGUUGGGUCAGCGCGCCGCCCUGGCCCAGCACAGCGGUACUGACUCCUCCCUUGACUCAGACCAUAGCUACGACCUGCACAUCCAGACCCACACGCCCGCGCCGCCCUCUGUGCCCACACACAGGCGCGCUGAGAUUGGGUACAGCGCCACCACACGUUCCUUCUCCACCUCCCGUGACGCGUCCCUCGACAACCUCACCUCCUCCGUCACCUCCUCAGAUUCCUCGUCGCAGGAGCUUGACUCGGCACACGCCACCGAGGACUCCCACAGUUCGGAGGCGCCAGACGACCCCCACGCCCUCAGCCACGCCCUCACCUAUUCCUCAGGUUGUGGCGGCAGCAGUGGGGGUGAGUCCGGGUAUGUGUCGCCGUACCUCGGGGCAGGACCGUCACCAGGGUCUUUGGUGGUCGGGCCCUCCGUGCUGGUGACUCGUGCCACCAUUGCACAGUACGACAAGCGGCGCACCAUCACCACCGUGCUGGCCCCGAGGACGUCUUUCGAUGAAAACCGCGUCAGAAUACAAGUUCCUCCCGCCCCUGCCGGUGGAGGUAGAACUCCUGGCACUAGUAGCCUCGUGACCGUGGGCGUGGAGGAGGGAGGAACAAUGUCCCUGUCUAACCCUCCAGCAUCCCCAAGGGUCACUGUGCAGGAUCCUCCCUCCCCGACCGCCAGACUCCUGCAGCCUCAGCCUCAAUCACCAGGAACCCCAGCAGUCUCCUCGCUGACCACCGUCAGGACGCCAGGCCCGCGCUCCCCUGCCGUCCAACCAGAACACCCUCGGCGGCCGUCCCCUAACAGGUCUCCCAGAUUUGUGUAGGUGGAUGCGUCUGCUUAGGAUCGGAGGUGGCUGCCCCAUUGAAUGAUCCUGUGCCAGGCCAGACGGUGGUGUUGUGGGAGAGCAAGCUACUAACCUGAUAGGUGAAUCUGGCCGUGGCAUGUCAGACAGUGCACCAUUCAUCUCAGUGUGGUCACUAGGGGCCUGUAAGACUCGCCCUGCAGUACCAUGCACCACGCACGCCACUGUUCAGAUGGUGCGUUUCCUACACUGAAUUGUCUUGGAGGCGCAGCGGUGUUGCUGUACAGAGGUGCUGCAGCUGCCUCAAAUCAAUGAUGAGUCACCUGAGAAUUUUGUCAAGAGUGAUUGUAAUAGAGUGAAUCUUGAGAAUGCACGGCGUUCAAAGGUCACAGUGACGCUGGAGUGCCACUGGGCUGCCAUCGCACCGCACUAAUUUUUGUAUGAUGAAAACUGACCAAAUAACACGAACAACUGUAUAUACUCAUACAUGUGUACCGACCUUUGUGCAGGCAGAUGUCUAGGCGCAGCUGAACUGUGUGCGUGCCGAGCACAGGUGAAAACCGUGUAUAUAUAGACCAGAGUUGUGUACAUGUAAGUGUUGUAAAGCUUAAGUGGUGUGUGCGUGUGUGCAAAUGUGUAAUGUGUGUGUGUGUGUGUGUGUGUGUGUGUAUGGCUAGGAGAUGGCAUCUCCGCUAUUUGCGUCAGUCCUCUCUCGGCGGGGCCCUGGGGAGUGUGGCGGCAGUAGUGCAGUGAGUGGCGGCUGCUGAGAGUCAGCAGCGAGAGGAGAAGCCCCGCGCUGUGUCGGCUGAGGUGAGUGAAGGACGCACCUACAAUGUCCACUUUGUAUAUAUGAUGAAGUAAAUGUGUUAUUACGUA